AUGAUUCCUUUCGGCAUUCCUGGUCCAUUCGUUCCAGUCGUCCCGGUCAACGGCGUCAUCAUCCCGGGUCGUCGUCGGAUGCGCGAUCACAUCAAUCGCGACGUGGGUCGCGUGGAGGGUUACGCUGCCGCGAUGCGUGACCUGCGCGCCAUGGAGCGUAUGCGCGCCUUCGACAACGGCGGCAGUCGCUCCAAGGACCCCGAGCCGAAGGAGCCCAAAGACGCUUAUCAGCAGUACAAGCAUUACAAGGAUAAGCAUUACGAGUAUCGGGCAUUGCUCGCGCCACCCGGUGGAGAAGAGGGCCAGGUCAAGGAGGGAAAGUCGUCGAAGGAAGGCACUGCGGUGACCAAAGAUGCUUUCGACAAGUACAUGCAGCACAAAGGCAAGUCGAAACCCGCUUCCACGGUCGUAGUAUUCUAGAGCUUAUGCUGACGCACCCUCUCAAGCCAAACAUGACGAGUACCGCGCCAAGUUCAAUCCAGGAUCGAGUCAGAAGGCCACGACUUCAAGCGGUACCGCCGUCACCCAGGACGCCUAUCAGAAGUACCUGAAUCACAAGGAGAAGCACUACGAGUAUCGCGGCAUGUUCGAGGAGGAAGCGCCGAUCCAGGGUCGGACCUCAGGUGGUACUCCCGUUACCAACGAUGCGAUGAGGAAGUACUGGGAUCGGAAGACGCGUGAGGACGAGCAGCGUCGGGCUCGGGAAGCUCAGCAGGAGAUGCAGGAGCGCCAGCCGUCCGAGCGGCGCCGUGGAGUUGUCGAAGGUAAGCGUCUUGACCUGCGACGAUGUAUCCAACAAGACUGAUCGAACUGUAGUCCAACCUCGACGCCGCUUCCAACAGCCACCCAGCUUCCUGGGUUGA